CCUACGGCCUACCCCUUCAUGUAGCACGGUAUGAAGUGGUUGUAUACUUGUAUCAAAUCAUCGCAUAUUCAUUUUUAUUCGCAAUAGAAUUUACUAAAAAGAAAAAGUGUAAUCGGAAGGUUGGAUAAAAUGGCUAUGGAGAAAGCCAAGCAGAUCGUCUCAUCAAAUUCUGUCGUUGUAUUCAGCAAGUCGUACUGUCCAUUUUGUGUGGAUGUGAAGAAGCUGUUCUCUGGCUUAGGCGUGUCUUUCAACGCCAUUGAAUUGGACACUGAAAGUGACGGAAAUGACAUACAAGCAGCACUUGCAGAGUGGACUGGACAAAGGACUGUGCCAAAUGUGUUCAUUGGCGGGCAGCACAUUGGUGGCUGUGAUGCAACUAUGGCCAUGCACAAUGGAGGAAAGCUCGUGCCUCUGCUGACUCAAGCAGGAGCUCUCAGCAGCAGUGCUUAGUACAGCUGAAUAAACAGCAAUAAAGGCAUUCGUUAAUGUGUCGAUAGUAUUCUGUACUAGAAAAUUGAAAGUUGUGUUUCUGAACAAGAAGAGAGAUCAUGAUUUGGACAAGAUCAUUUCAAAAACCAGCCACUUCAUCUCUGUUUCUUUUAACCUUUUAUCAUUUUAUGUAUUUAGUUUGUUGA